AUGGCGUGUCUGCGUGUCGACUGGCCGCCGCUGCUCUGUGCCCUGGCCUGCAUUGCGCUGGCGCCCGUGGCCCCCGGCUACAGCUUCCGGAACUGCAUCCAGAGCGCCAGCCACAACGGCUCCUUCCAGUGCGUGCACCGGUUCCUGACGCGGCUCUCCGGCGCCGUCGCGGACCUGCCGCCCGGCGCCCGCCACCUCAACCUCUCCCACAACCUGCUGAGCCGGCUGCCAGCGGGCGGCUUCGGCGCGGUGCCGGGCCUGCUCAGCCUGCGGCUGGACUACAACCGGAUCGGCCGGCUGGAAGCCGGGGCCUUCGGUAAUCUCAGCCAGCUGACGGUCCUCAACCUCUCCUACAACGGCAUCGCCUGGCUGGGGCCGACGGACCUCCUCGGGUUGGUGAGCCUGUGCCAGCUGCUGGUGGACCACAACCGCCUGGCCACCGUCCAGCCCGACGCCUUCGCCAUGCCCAGGGGCCUGCAGACCCUCGACCUGAGCUUCAACCAGCUGGCGAACUUCUCCAGGGUGGCCGCCUCCAUCGCUGCCCUCUGCCAGUUGACCCACCUGGACCUGAGCGCCAACCGCCUGCGCUCCCUCCGGCCCUCCGGCCCUCUGCCGCCCUCCCUGCGGUUCCUCUCCCUCCGCAACAACUCGCUCCGGGCCCUGGACGGCCCACCGGGUUUCCUGGACCGCGACCUCACCCUGGACCUGUCCAACAACAACAUCUCCCGGCUCUCCGGCGUCGGCCUGAGGAAGGUGGCCUGGCUGGUGGUCAGGAACAACCCCCUGGACGUCUCGGAGCUGCUCCGAGCCGGGAACGUGGACCCCCAGCGGGUCGAAUACUCCGGGUUAGGGCUCGGCAGCCGCUCGGAGCUGACCGCACUGUGCCGUCACCUCGGUAACGGGACGAUGGAGCGCCUGCUCUUGCAGAGUAAUCGGAUUUCCUCCUCCGCCCUCCCGUCCCUGAGGGGCUGCCCAGCGGCCAAGGCCUGGGAUCUGUCGCACAACUCCCUGACGACGGAUGACUGCCUGGAAUUCGUAACCCGGAGGGAGCGAGUCACCUCUUUCCUCUUGGAGCACAACAGGAUUCAGAAGCUGUCCCCCUGCUGCGGCGAGAGGGUGGGCCCUUUCCCCAAACUGGCCUACCUGUCUUACCGCUACAACCGGAUCUUGGCUGUGCCCGCCCGCGCCUUCUCUCACGCCCCCGACGCCAGGAGCCUCCUGCUCAACAUCAACAACAUCGCCGUCAUCAACGGGACAGCCUUCGCUGGGCUCGGCCAACUGCUGACCCUCCGACUGGACAACAACCUCAUCACCGACCUCUACCAGGAGACCUUCGGCGGGCUGACCCGGCUCCGCACCCUCAACCUGAGGAACAACCGGGUCGCCAUCCUCUUCCCCAACGUCUUCGCCAGCCUCAGCAGCUUGGCCACCCUGGACCUGGGCGGCAACAGGCUCCGGAGUCUCACCGGCCUGUCCUUCGGCGGCCUCCACAACCUGACCGAGCUCUACCUGGACAGGAACAGCAUCACCCACAUCAGCGGGGAGGUCUUCAGUCACCUCCCGUCGCUGAGGGUGCUGGACCUGGCCAAGAACUGGAUCCGCUACAACAGCGGCCUAGCCACAAGGGCUCCCUUCGUCCACCUGGGCAGGCUUGGCGUCCUCAAACUGCAGGCCCAGCAGCCCUACGGCAUCAACAUCAUCCCCCCGGGCUUCUUCAGGGGUCUCAGCUCCCUCCGGGGCCUGUACCUGGGAGGGAACAAGAUGUCACUCUCCUCCAGCCGCAUGUUCCAGGGCCUGGUCAACUUGCGGGUCCUCUCCAUGCCCGACACCUGCAACGGGGUCCACAGCCUGGACCCGGGCGUCUUCCAGAACCUGGGCCGCCUGGAGAGGCUGGAUCUCGAGAACGUCGGCCUCCGCUUCCUGUCGGUCGAGAUCUUCGGCGGCCUCGCCAACCUCAGGAGCUUGGCGCUGGGCAAGAACGCCAUCCAGACGGUCAACAGCAGCGUGCUGGAGCACCUGCCCUCCCUGAGCUACCUGGACCUGAGGAAGAAUCCGCUCCCUUGCGUCUGCAGCAACGGCUGGUUCCAGAACUGGUCCCUGUCUAACCCCAGGGUACAGGUCGUCUAUUUUUACAACCAGACCUGUGCCAACCAGCAGCACGAAUACCUGUACAAGUUCGACACGCGGGUCUGCUACUUGGACGUCGGACAGCUCAUGUUCGAAAUAAUCUUGCCAGUCUUGCUCCUGUUCACGUUUACCCCUGUCGUCUAUGCCAAAGGGUACUGGCACAUUAAGUACGGACUGUACAUUUUACGCUCCUGGCUGAACGACUACAGGGGGAGGGAAGAGAGUCAACAGUCCUACAGAUACGACGCGUUCAUCUCCUACAAUUCCAACGACGAAGGGUGGGUCCUGCAGGAGUUGGUCCCCAACCUGGAAGACGACGGCCCUCAGUGCUUUAAACUCUGCCUCCACCACCGAGACUUUGAACUGGGCAAGUACAUCAUCGACAACAUCGUGGAGAGCAUCUACCAGAGCAGGAAGACCGUCUGCGUCAUGAGCCGCAGCUACCUGGAGAGCGAGUGGUGCUCCAUGGAGCUCGAGCUGGCCAGCUACAGGCUCUUCCACGAGCUCAAGGACGUCGUGGUCCUGCUCUUCCUGGAGAAGAUUCCGGAAGCCGAGCUCUCCACCUACCACAAGAUGCGGAAGGUGAUGAGGGAGAAGACUUACAUCCAGUGGCCGACGGACGCUGAGGCACAGAAACUCUUUUGGGUCAAAGUGAGGGCAGCCAUCAAAGGGUCCAGUCGAGUCAAAGACAGGGACGCUGAGCUGGACAGUUAAAGCUCAAUCCUGUCAGGACCUGUGCUCUGCCCUGUCACCCUCUCCCCCCAGUGACCCUCACCACACGGCCUCCCCUCGCCAUCACUUCUCAAUAUUGUUGCAUUUCCGUCCAACCUUCCAAGUGUUAGCCCUUUCGUCCGUCGUCCCUCCCGCUCCCCGGACGUUGACUGAGUGGCCAGAGCCACACCUUUUGACCUCCGGGCACCUGCAGGCCUCACUUCCUCCCCAACUGACCCCACGGGCCCAGACAGGGGAGCGAGGUGAUCAUCCCGUUUCCCCUUCCGGCCGGUCGGAGGCAGAGACCACGCUGGAGGAACUCAGCAGGUCCUGGCAGCAUUGGUGAAGAGGGAAGCAGAGUUAACGGGAAUGACUCCUCUUCAAUGACUGCUUUCUGCGUCCUGACCCUGAUCAUACAGGCUGACGUUCUGAAGACCAGUCAGACCAGACUCGAAACGUUAACCCUGCCUCUCUCUCUCUCUCUCUCUCUCCACCAAUGCUGACAGAACUGCUGAGUUU